GUUUACAGUAUGAAAAGAUGCUCAAACUUCGCCCUCUUAAAAAUAACCCUUUUGGCUAUAGCUAUAGGAGGAUUGUGGAUCCUGGACUAUCAAUUCAAUUUCAUAUCGGAACUUAUCAUCGGAGACGAGCUUGCAGCAAUAGAAUUGCACAAUCCGACUGGGGAAAUAAAGUUACCUAUUUCAAAGUCUACCGUAGCGUCAAGUCAAAGAUUUGAUAUCAAAAGCAUGGUUACACAAACUAAAACCCCUUUUACCGGUAUUUCUGAAUAUGAUCAAUUAACGAACGAAGUAGAAAAGCAGUUGGAGUAUGAUGAUAAUCUGUCCUUCGCAAAAUCCAUUAAAACGAUUAACGAAGUCAACGAAAAGUUUAAAACCCAUCAUAUGAAACCGGGCAAGAAAGAAGAACAGGCACGAAAAUCGUUCGAGCGAAUGGGAGCGGAGGAGCGAAUAGCAGCUAGAAUGAAAAGAAUAAAUACACUCUGUGAGGACCAAACCUAUCCAAACUUCCAUAAUUUCAAUUUCUACUUCUUCAAAGAUUUUGGCCCCAAAGGAAUCACUUGGUGUCCAGUAUUUAAAGCGGGUAGUUCUACUUGGAGAGAUUUCUUUAUCGACCAUCUUGUGGAACCAGAAGCAACCGUUCAAAAUGAGCAUUACCACCUAGGCCUCCUUUCCCAAUUUGACGUUGGUCAUACUUACACUUAUACUGAAAGGAUCACCCCAGUAGAAUCCAAGUAUCGAAAUUAUCAGAGAGAAACCAACGGUAGUGUACGAUUCACUGUUGUAAGACAUCCCCUAUUUAGACUGAUAAGUCACCUUCAUAAGGCACAAAACUAUCCGUACGAGGUGAAGCGACAACGCAAAAUGUGGACCGAGGAAGCCAUUGUGAAUGCUAGGACAAACUCAUGGUGGGACGAUGAGACUAAAACAAAAUACAGACAGGAGUUGACUCAAUAUGUGGAUGAACUUGAGCCUGUAGUGGAUCAUACUCCCUAUUCAAAAGACAAUCCAUAUCUUCAUCCCCCUUACCCAACUUUUGUGGAAAUGAUUGACUUUAUGAUAAAACACAGAGAACCUAGAGUUGACAAUCAAGGAGCAAACGGUCACUGGCGGCCAGCCGUAGAAUGGUGUGACAUUUGUCAAAAUAAUUUUGAUAUCAUCAUUAAAUUGGAAGAGGAACCAGACGAAUUAAUGGUUCUUCUAGAGAAACUGAAUAUGCUCGAGUAUAAAGAUGAUUUUAUGAAAAGACAUAAUUCUUCAAAUAAAAAGUCACUUUCGGAGAAUGAAGAAUUGGAAAAUUAUAUAAAAUUCCUUGAUGAAAAGCAGAUAAAGUUUUUAAACAAAAUGUAUGAACGAGAUUUUGAAAUACUUGGUUAUGAGCCAAUACAGUCACAAGGCUAUCCGUCAUAGCAGUUUUUAUUUGUUUAAAAGAUAUAUUUCAUUACUUACUUUUGAUCAGUCUUCAGUAAUAUUCUUACGUGGAAAUUGUCAUUAAUAGAAAUUGAAUGAACAACAAUUAACUUCGCAAAUUUGUAAUGAGUUAGCCAAAAAACAGCU